AUGUAUUUUGCACAUACAGGUGAAAAUUUCUCUGAUCAAGUUUUACCGCCAAGUUUAUCGACAACAUCAACAAAUGGUAAACUACGACCUUAUGCUAUUUGUGCACCAACUCAAAUUAAUUCAAUUGCACAAAAAUUUUAUACCGAUACAUCUAAACAACCUUCAAAUAUUAUAUUUGAUUCAUCGGCCAGACUACCAACAACAGGAACAAGAGCGACCAGAACAACAUCGAUUAGUACUUGUGAUAACACAAAUACUAAUUGUAACAAUACUAACAAUCAGAGUACAAAUUAUUCACACUGUAUCACUACAAAUCCUAUGCUCAGAUCUGCAAAUUAUGAUAUGUCAAGAUUUACAUUACCUAUAGAUAAGAACAAUAAAUCAUUCAAAUUAAAUGAUGACACAUCAGAUUUCCUAGUGAAUAAUACAUUCAAUUCAAAUAAUCCUAUGCUCAAUAACACCAGUAAUCAUCAUAUUAAUACACUUAAUUCAACUGUUAAUUGUAAUUCCAGGGAUAAAGUAAAAAAACGCCGUAAUCGAACCACUUUUACAAGUCAUCAACUAAAUGAGAUGGAAAGAAUAUUUCAGGUGAUUAGUGUUUUAAUAUCACCAUUUUUAUAA